CCGAUUUCAAGUGUUCACACCAACUGUAUACAUAAUUGAUUGCACAUGCCGUGGCAACACGCAGCUCCUUCGAGGGGAAACCGAUUGCUCAGGAUUUAGCCGCUCUUGAUUUUGUCGCUCCAUUCAGCAUAUCUACAGUAUCACAACAUCUUUCUUGCAUCUUUCUCUCAAAUCUCAUUCUGUCGUUCGUCUUAGUCUUCAUUUUCCUCAUCACCUUACUUCCCUGUUGAUAUGGUCCUCUGGCCGCUGGCGAGCAUUCCGAUCUGACGGUGCUAACAAGUUUUCCAUGAUUCCUCCAAAUCCCUGCGUGUCCUCGCGUCAUGAGUCUGCUCCUGCUCCGACCCUCGCUCCCUCCCAAUCCCACACCCUCCUUCCUCGUGUUACAUCCUCUUCGACCUGUUGCACUCCCAAUGAGGUGGUAAUCGCAUUGACUACUACCCUCGCCAUUCCCGACUACACUCGGUAUUAUGACGUGCCCAUCGCCCAGUUCACACCCAGCUAUCGAGUCCUUGAUGAUGGCUCUCUCGUUGCGCCACCACUGAUGGAUGAUCUCCGUUUCGAUGCCGCUAGAACGCUGGUAGCUGGUAUGCUCACAACCCUUUUCACUAGAAAUCUUUUCGUGUCAGGCGACUAUAUACGUCGCGCCAAAGUGAAAAGCAAAAUUCUUUUCUACACCCUUUUCGCCAGCCAACUUUUCGGCGCCUUCGCGCUCAUUCCUAUCAUUAUUCCCGAAUUUGAUUUAACAUUUGACUGCACUUUGUCGCUCAUUAUUACCGAUGUGUUGUUUGGAAUCUCGCUUACCUUGCUUUUCUGUAUCCUGGGAUAUAAGGCGUACAAAUGCUUGAAUAACUCUCGCUUCGUUGGCGCAGUGUUAUUAUGCUUUUUGGCUUCAACGACCACAACAACCCUCGUCGAUGCAGUUAACAUAAAAGGAGAAAGGAACCUCUUGGGAUCAUGUCACCUGAGCAGUGAUUUACGACUCGUGCGCACCUAUCUUUUACUCCAGUUAUCAGAGGUGCUUUUCAUUUGUGCCUGCUUUCUGUGGGCCGUUUGGAAGUCGCGCAGUUCACCCCUGGCUCGUGGCAGAAUAUCCAUACGACUCUCCAUGGAUGAUUGCGCCGAAUCAGAAACUUUCAACCCAGAAACAGCGCGUCGUGGAUGGUGGGACUAUGUUCCUAAGAAGGAGGCACCGGUCUCCUCCCCUGUUACUGGCCACAACAACUUUAUUCGUUCACUCUACAACAAACUUAUAAGCAUUCCAUCGGACUCUAAGCCUCCUAGGCUCCCUUUUCCCGCACAAAAAACACCUAUACCCAGCGAUUCCCCCAUACCCCAACCCCCUCGUCCCUCUGUUGCUGCCAUCUCGGAGGCAUUACCUGAACGACCGUCAGACGAACCUUCAGAGAGGUUCUCAAGAAGAUCUUCCGACAGACUGUCUCCCGUCCCAUCGUCUUACAGCCGGUUGAGCCGUUAUAUGCCCAGGAUGGAGUUGUUCCGGGAGGUGAUGAAGGACGAGCUCUGUUAUACAACGGUCAUUACCGCUGUCUGCGUAGUUGCGGCGGUUCUGGCUGUCAUCAGUACUAAUGUUGUCAAUGAUCCGACAAUGAUAGUCUGCAUACCCAUCAGUUGGGCUGUUAUCUCACUGUUGACUAUUCAUAGUUUCGGAAGAGUGGUUCGGCGGCACGAAAAAGAUGCCCUGAUACAAAAUCCGAGGACCUGGCCAUGGAAAAACCCAGGUGAUGGAAACCGUCCGGGAGCGGUGCGGAGACAAUCGUCUCCUCAAAUGAGCUACACUUCCCAUCGGCGUACUCGGCGAUUCGCAGAUUCUGACGACCAAGGAAGUCCAUAUAGUGAGACGCGGGGGCUAAAUCAGUCGAGGAGCUCCUGGAAUUCAGGCUUUACGAUUUCAUCGGUAGCCUCGCUGCCAUCUCCUCCCGUAUUGGUCCAAUCCUUUUACCGGGAAACACCUCAGAAGUCCUCCGUGACCUUGCCGUCACCAACAAUUGGGGAUUUUCUGACGUCGGGUCGAACAACCCCCGUUGUCUCUUACGAGAGCUCAGACGCUCUGGCUAUCAAGUUGAGUUGAGGAGGUGUUCCGAGGAGACGAUAUGUCACCCUCACGGCCAUUUUAUAUAGUAACCUUCGUUAUCUCGCAUUCGGUUGUUCGAUUGUUGUUGUACCCAUGUACUGUAUUUUUAUUCGAUCACAAGAGAUUAUAACAGACGAAUUUCCAAGCUGAUCGAUGA